CGGAACCCCGGCUCCUGCUGGCCCCUCCCCUCCCCGCCGUAGGUCGGUCGGUGCCGGAGCGGGGCGAAGAUGGCGGCUCCGCUCAUUCCGCUCUCCCAGCAGUUUACGACUGGAAAUCCAUUGUAUGAGUCUUAUUACAAACAGGUAGAUCCAACAUAUACAGGGAGAGUUGGGGCUGGUGAAGCUGCACUUUUUCUGAAAAAGUCAGGUCUCUCCGACAUUGUUCUUGGAAAGAUUUGGGAUUUGGCAGAUCCAGAGGGUAAGGGCUUCUUGGAUAAACAGGGUUUCUAUGUUGCCCUGAGACUAAUAGCAUGUGCACAAAAUGGCCAUGAAGUUAACUUGAGCAGCCUAAACUUGAGUCUCCCACCUCCGAAAUUUCAUGACACUAGCAGUCCUUUAUUGGUUACACCUCCUUCAGCAGAGUCCCACUGGGCUGUUAGGGUGGAAGAGAAGGCAAAAUUUGAUGGAAUUUUUGAAAGCCUUUUACCUAUAAGUGGUUUGCUUUCUGGAGACAAAGUAAAACCAGUUCUGAUGAACUCCAAGCUACCUCUCGAUAUCCUGGGCAGGGUCUGGGAUCUCAGUGAUAUUGACAAAGAUGGACAUUUGGACAAAGAUGAAUUUGCUGUGGCGAUGCACCUAGUAUAUCGAGCCCUUGAGAAAGAACCAGUUCCAUCUGUACUUCCACCAUCGCUUAUACCACCUUCCAAAAGAAAAAAACCUGUUUUUCCUGGUGCUGUACCUGUUCUUCCCGCAAGUCCUCCACCCAAAGAUAGCCUACGUUCAACUCCUUCCCAUGGCAGCGUGAACAGUCUGAACAGCACGGGAAGCUUAUCUCCCAAACAUGGCGUAAAACAAGCCCAGCCAGCAGUGAAUUGGGUGGUACCAAUGUCUGAUAAAGUGAGAUUUGAUGAAAUUUUCUUGAAAACUGACUUGGACAUGGAUGGUUAUGUGAGUGGCCAGGAAGUGAAAGAAAUAUUCAUUCACUCGGGCCUUACUCAGAGUCUCUUAGCACACAUAUGGGCCCUGGCCGAUACAAGGCAGACGGGAAAGCUAAGCAAGGAGCAGUUUGCGUUAGCCAUGUAUUUCAUUCAGCAAAAGGUUCAUAAAGGAAUCGAUCCUCCUCAGGCUUUGUCCCCUGACAUGAUCCCUCCCUCAGAAAGAAAUACUCCUCUUCCGGAUAGUUCAAGUACUCUUGGAUCAGGGGAAUUCACAGGAGUAAAAGAACUUGAUGAUAUCAGUCAGGAGAUUGCUCAGCUGCAAAGAGAGAAGUAUUCCUUGGAACAAGACAUUCGAGAAAAGGAAGAAGCCAUCAGACAGAAAACUAGUGAAGUGCAGGAGUUGCAGAAUGAUUUAGACAGAGAAACGAGUAAUUUACAAGAAUUAGAAGCCCAGAAACAAGAUGCCCAAGAUCGCCUUGAUGAAAUGGACCAACAGAAAGCUAAACUUAAAGAUAUGCUAAAUGAUGUAAGGCAAAAAUGCCAGGAAGAAACACAGAUGAUUUCAUCAUUGAAAACUCAGAUUCAGUCUCAGGAAUCGGAUUUAAAGUCACAAGAGGAUGACCUGAAUAGGGCCAAAACUGAAUUGAACCGAUUGCAACAAGAAGAAACCCAGCUAGAACAGAGCAUCCAAGCAGGGAAAGUUCAGCUGGAAACAAUAAUUAAAUCUUUGAAAUCAACACAAGAAGAAAUUAAUCAGGCAAGAAGUAAACUUUCUCAACUGCAAGAGUGUCACCAGGAAGCCAGCACAAGUAUUGAACAGUAUAAUGAAGCACUGAAUGGGAUUCCUGGUGACAGCAUGACGAAUUUAGCUGACCCCAGUGAAGGAGCCACACAGAAAGAAAAAGGCAGUUUUGGAGCUAUGGUAAAGGAUGAUCCAUUCAAGAAUAAAGCCUUAUUAUUUAGCAACAGUACACAAGAAUUGCAUACAGACCCUUUCCAGGCAGAGGAUCCUUUCAAAUCUGAUCCAUUUAAAGGAGCUGAUCCCUUCAAAGGCAGUGACCCCUUCCAGAAUGACCCUUUCGCAGAACAACAAAUGACUUCAGCAGAUCCAUUUGGAGGGGAUCCUUUCAAAGAAAGUGAUCCAUUUCGUAGCUCCGAUGAUUACUUCAAGAGACAAGUCAAGAGUGAUCCAUUUACCUCAGAUCCAUUCACAAAAAACCCUUCCUCAUCUUCAAAACCUGACCCCUUUGAAGUCAGUGAUCCUUUUUCAUCCUCCAGUAUCUCUUCAAAAGGAACAGAUCCCUUUGGAACCUUAGACCCUUUUGGAAGUGGUGCCUUCAGUAGUAGUGAGGGCUUUGCGGACUUCAGCCAGAUGUCAAAGCCCACUCCUUCUGACCCUUUCACCUCCUCUUUUGGAGGGGUGGGAUUCUCAGAGGACCCUUUUAAAAGUAAACAGGACACUCCCGCUCUGCCACCGAAGAAAAAUGUUCCUCCCCGACCCAAGCCACCCAGUGGUAAAAGUACACCUGUAAGCCAGCUCGGGUCUGCAGAUUUUUCCAAACCCCCUGAUCCAUUCCAGCCAUUUGGGGCUGACAGCAGUGACCCGUUUCAAAAUAAAAAGGGUUUUGGGGACCCAUUUAGUGGAAACGAUCCAUUUGCUCCCUCCUCUUCAACUCAAACUCCUAAAGACUCUUCCUUGGGUUUUGCAGACUUCAGCUCUUUUGGAAAUGAGGAGCAGCAGCUGGCGUGGGCCAAGCGCGAGAGUGAGAGAGCAGAGCAGGAGAGGCUAGCUCGGUUGCGAAGACAAGAACAGGAAGACCUUGAAUUGGCAAUUGCACUCAGUAAGGCUGACAUGACAGACUCUUAGAGGCAGGUCUUCAGUAUUCACACAAUCAAGGCAAAAACUGCACAUAAUCCAACAAAACGAAAGCAGGGGCUUUUUAGCCAGAGUACGCAAACCCCUGUUUUCUGUGGUCACCUAAUCUCAGCCACUUUUCAGUCAGAGCCUCUGUAGACUGGCUGGCCCUAGAAACCUGGACUCAGUGUGGCUUUGUCGAGUGUCAGAUACACUGCAAACACUGUACCGUCCCUUCUCCAUUAAGGUUCCUGCGUGUAAGAAAUGUAACCCACGACUGCAAGGUACCUCCUGAAAGCCAAGCUUCUUUGUGACGUGGACGCUGCUGCCGCUGCACUUGUGAAUCUGGCCUCAAGUCAUGUGAAAUCCAUUGCUGUUGCCAAGGCCUGGGCUAUGAGCAAGGCCAACCCAGUCCUCAGUGGAGGAGGUUAAUCUGAAAGGGAAUUGCUCUCUUUUCCUUCACACCUCUGUUUCAUAGGAUACAAUCAAAUAUAAAAUACUCCAGAGCAAAACAUCAUUUGGAGGGCAGAGCCUUUCUCAGAUACAGGCAUCCCACCCCUCUCCCCACCUAGCCUCAUUUAUUGGUUCCACUAAAAUACAAGACAAUAUUUAAACAAGGCAUUACGAGGGAUAAUUAAUUAGGAACAAUGUCAUUAGUGGGCAUUUAUCUGAGUGAUGUUAUGGCAGGGUUUCAUGA